AUGGUCAACCCCACCGUGUUCUUCGACAUCGCCGUCGAUGGCGAGCCCUCGGGUCGCGUCUCCCUCGAGCUGUUUGCAGACAAAGUUCCAAAGACAGCAGAAAACUUUCGUGCUCUGAGCACUGGAGAGAAAGGAUUUGGUUAUAAGGGUUCCUGCUUUCACAGAACUAUUCCAGGGUUGACGUGCCAGGGUGGUGACUUUACAUGCCAUAAUGGCACUAGGGGCAAGUCCAUCUACGGGGAGAAAUUUGAAUGGUUGGAUGGCAAGCAUGUGGUUUUUGGCAAGGUGAAAGAGGGCAUGAAUGUUGUGCAAGCCGUGGAGGGCUUUGGGUCCAAGAAUGGCAAAACCAGCAAGAAGGUCACCAUUGCUGACUGUGGACCGCUCUCAUAA